CGAAAAGCAAGAUGUAAAAAUUAUGGGGAUGGGGAAACACACCCACGCGCGUGCAAUUAUAACAUGAGUCCCUGCAAUUUUUUUUUAAUGGUGCAAGAUGGAAAGCAAUGCUUCUGAAGAAAACUGCUCAAGUAAUGGCGCUGGGAUCAGGAAGAUUGAAAAUAACGUGGAAAUUGGAUAUAAAUAAAAUAGAGAAAUCAAAAUAUAUAACUGAAUUUGAGAAACUGAAAAAAACGGUUCUGGUCUAAGAUUGGUGGAGGAAUUGGGAUAAUCUAAUGAGGGGAGUUUGCUUUGCUAUAAAAUAUUAUGUACAUAAAUACCCAAGCAGGUUAUGUCAGUCAUUUAUGGCACAGUAAAAUCUUAAUCAAAUGAAAUGUAUAUUUUUUUAAAAGAAUCUGCUCACCUCUGGAGAUCUUUUUCUUUAAUUUGCCAUAGGCAACCAAAACGAUUAAAAGAGCAUAAUUGAAAAAAGAGGAUUAGAAAGAGAAAGAAUCACAAGGACUUGUACCACUUGAGAGAUAAUCCAGAGUUGAAAAAAUUUCUUUUUUUCAGUACAUUAAGAUCACAAUGGAUCACCAGGAGGACACAGAACCUGAUGAGCAUUUCACUAAAAUCAAAACUGAGGAACGUGUCCAGGACAAAACGCAAGAGGGUAGCUGUAACUAUCCAGAAAAGAUUGAAGAUGUCCAUUCCAUCUUGUUCAAGAAAGUGCUGGAAGAAGUUGAUAAGCUGCCCCCAUCAUCUUCAGAAGGAGAGAAGAACUUCAUUUUGUUGAAGACCGUGCAUUUGAAAACAGAGAAAGAUAAUAUCCAGGGGCCUUGUUUAAUUGAUCACCCAGUGGAGCUGCAUACUAUGUUGCAAAGAGAGACAGAUUUCAUCCGCUCGUUGGAGGGAAUGCCCGAUAGCAUAGAGAUUCAGGAGAACCCAGGGAAAGUCCAGACAAUAAGUUUGGCAGAAAGCAUUUAUGCACUUCAUGAGAUGGAAGUGAUCAGUGGUUCAAAAGGCAAACCAGGAUUUCAGGAAGAGAGAUGGUCAAUUGAGAAGGAUCCAUAUAUUCCUCAGGUUGAUAGAGAAGAAAAUAGAGCUGGAGAUGGAGGCAGGGACUGGCAGCUCCUUGUAGCCGAAGAGGGAAGAAUUGCUUCUCAGCCUGACUCUGAAGCAACAGAUAUUGCAAAUGGAGGAAAUAAAGCCACGCUGUUGCACAAUUCUGAAAGUAAAGCCCAAAGCAAGGACAGUAUAUCCCAACCUCCUGUUGCAAUAAGCCGUGACGUUUCUUUAGAAAUCCAGGAGGACAUAGUUCAGCAAGGGAAAGGAAGCAUUCAACAACACUGCAAUCUGUGUCUGUUUGCCACAUUCAGUCUGUCUGACUUUAAACACCAUAUGAAGAAACAUUCCCAUGAAAAGCCACAUCAGUGCCACAUCUGUCUUAAAGCUUUCCGUACGCUUUCUCUGUUGCGUAACCACGUGAACACCCAUACAGGGACCAAGCCACACAAGUGUAAUGAAUGUGAUAUGGCCUUUGUGACAGUGGGGGAACUUUCCCGCCACAAGCGAUAUAAACAUACUCUGGAGAAGCCCUUUAAAUGCUCCAUCUGUAACUACUGCAGUGUGGAGGCCAGCAAAUUGAAGCGUCACAUUCGCUCACAUACAGGAGAGCGCCCUUACAGUUGUACGGUGUGCUCCUAUGCUAGUAGGGACACUUACAAAUUGAAAAGACAUAUGGUAACUCACUCAGGAGAAAAACCCUUUGAAUGUGUGAUUUGUAAAGCCAGAUUCACACAGGCUGGGACUUUGAAGUUCCAUGUUUUGCAUAAACAUGGGGAAAAUGUACCAAAAUACCAGUGUCCGCAAUGUGCCAGAUCCGUUGCCCGGAAAGGCGAUUUAAGUAUCCACUUGCGAAACCUGCAUUCUUACAUUGAGAUACCGGUCAAGUGCAAUUAUUGUGAUAGUGCCUUCCAUGAGCGUUACGCUCUGCAACAACAUAAGAAGAUACACAGAGAUGAAAAGAAAUUCAAGUGUGAUCAAUGCAGCUACACGUGCAAACAGGAACGCCACAUGAUUGUGCACAAGCGGACGCACACUGGUGAGAAGCCCUUUGUUUGCCUCUCCUGCAACAAGGGCUUCCGGCAGAAACAGCUCUUAACCGUUCACUUCAAGAAAUACCAUGACUCCAGCUUUGAGCCAAAGGUCUAUGCAUGUCCCAAGUGUGGCAAGGCCUAUUCACGUUGGAAUAACAUGCGUAAGCACGCUGAAAAAUGCAAGGAGGCCAGAGCUGUUGAAAGCUCUCCAUCCUGCAGAGCAAGCAAGAGGAAGAAAAAAGAAAGACAUCAUCCUGUGGCCAAACAAGAAGCAUCUGUUUGUGUAAACACUCCUUUAUGCACCCCGAAAAGUGUUUCUCUUGAAGCAUGGGAGAAGAAAGAAACUGCUCUGGACGACAGUAAAGCAGGAAUUACUUGUGAGAUACUCUUCAAUUUGAUGGACAAAUAACAAAGUGUUAUUUUCCUUCUUUUUUUCCUGUUUACAAAGCAAUGGCUUCCAUUCUAGAAGAGCAUAAAAACCCAGAUGGUGAUCUCCUAUAUUUUUUUUUGUAAAAUUACAUAUAAUUAUUCAUGGGUUAAAUCUUGCUUGCCACGUUGUCUUUUGGUCUUAUUCUGAUAAUACUAUGUAGAGAGGGGACUCUUUACACGAAGUUAAAUAUUUGGAAUCCUUUCCAGUGGUGAUGAUCCUUUCCAUUGUUUGUAGCCCUAGAGUUUUAAUUAACCAGAGUUAGACUUAAGCUGUGAUACCAGUUUAUUCUUUGAUGGGGAUGUUCCGCUGUUUUUUUUCCCUGGCAAAUGCAUCUUCAGGUCAGAUUUAGAUGUUAGUGUAGGGCCAGGGGUCUUUACGUUUUUGCUCCCAGUGGCAUCCCGAAGCUUCUUCAAUUCAUAUUGCAAAACAGAUCCCAUUGAACUGAAUGGAAAUCUUGGUUUUAUCAAUGUGUGAUCCAAAUUCAUGAAAGUGGGUUAUCAUAAGAAUUGAGUCUGAGCCAUUCAAGUACUCCAACCAUCAGUUAAAUAGGAAAGUUUAUAGAAAGAGUCUUGUACCAAAAUGCUCCCACUUAUUUCUUUUUUCUUUUAAAUAUGUUGUAGGUAUCUCAUAGAGAUCAGACUAAUUGAGAUUUGUUUAUGGUAAUGGUGCAGUAGUCUUUUAUUGUUUACUUAUUUGACAAGAAAAAGCAGCAGUACUGUUAAAACUAACUGAUGCAUUGCCUGUAUUUCAUUAGAGCAUUAGGACUUGUGAGAUUUAAAAAAACCAAAAUUUUAUACUCACAAUACGAAGAUAAGUCUGGUUAACAAAACAAAGUUUUUGGAGAAAAACAUAAAAAUAAUAAUUGUUACAUUUUAUAAAAGAAUAACUUUUAUUUCCUUCAGACUGUUUCAAGGCUAACUGGGAAAAAUUGCUGAGCUCUUGUUAUUUAGGCACAGAAAAGUAAAGUAUAUUUGGUUCUUGUUUAAUAAAAGUUUUGUGUACA